AUAUCAUAUUUUUACUAUUUUCGUUUCUCAGAACUCAUUUAAUAUCAUUAAUAUACUGUAAGGAGCCAUGUGUAUAGAAUGUGUUUUUAUUUAGAAAUAAAUCAAGAUGGCGAUCAAAUGUACUUAUUGGCUGAUAUUAAUAGUUCUGUCAUUUUGCAGUGAAGCUGGCGCCCUUCAAUGCUACCAAUGCCUGGAUGUGUCGAACUUUGGCAAUUCAAGAAGCACAGGACAUGUCGAUCCAUAUUGUGAAUCUAUAUCCAAAUUUCACACCGCCACAAAAACAUGCCAGCCCGGGGAGGUUUGCGGAUAUGUAAAGGGAAAAUUGGACGUGACGCGUACGGAGAAUUUGCUUGUUACGAAAACUGAAUCCCCUGUCACUCUCCACAUCCGAGAUUGUAUAGCUGUAGCAUUUGAUACAAGUAUGGGGUGCUACAGGAAUCAAUACUACACAGAUGUUCUAAACGGAUCUCUGUCAAUUAGACACAGUCUUCAGAAAAUGACAUUUGAUGGAGAUGUAUGUUUAUGUAAAAAGAAUAACUGUAAAGGCUGUGGCUCUCAGUCAGUUGAAAUAUUUGGUGUCUGUUUUCCAACCUGGGCAUUGGGGGCUAUUGGAGUAGUAGUUGGACUUCUUAUCAUUCUUUGUUGUUGUUGUUGUUAGCUAUUGCUACUGCCGCCGUAAGAGAAGACAACCAGACCAAGAACCAAUCGUGAUACAGACGCCUGAAGCAGAUGCGCCAGAAAGUAACAGCGUUUCAGAUGAAUUACCACAACAAGGAUUUAAAAAUCCAAUGAUUGUAUGAAAUCAGACGUGGGUUGCGGGUGGGAUAAACGUAUAACCUUGCUCAAAUGGACUGCAAUUGUAGAAAUCAUUUUAAAAUCUUAAACUCCGAAUCGAUUAUAUUGUCCCUGAGAUGUAUGUGUACUGGUG